GAUUUCCUCCAGCAAAACAAGGAAACGUGGCAAGCCGACCAGAAAAAUAAAGAGAAGUUCACCAUGUCCAUUUCUGAAACUCCCCUCUCUCCCUGCUUCAAUAGGCUUCUGUGGGAAUAGUUCAGCAUGCUGGGUCCAGAGGAAUCCCCCUCGGAAACAAGAGAAAAGGGCUUAAUUUUGACAGAAUGCGCUGGAACCGUUUGCUUUCAUUACAGUCCUGCCUAGUUCAGCAGAACACCAAGCUGUGCAGGUUAACACAUUUUCUGUUUUGCUGCUCAGAGAAGCCAAGUCCGGCCACACGGACGAUGAACUCCAAAAAAAGGGCAGUUCUGUUCUGCAUCGUCUUUCUUGGUCUCUUCUCAGUGGUAGCAGUUGUUUACUUGGACUUGGACUGCAGGGAUGGAACAGAGGUGUGGAUAUACAAAAGGAAACUACAGAUCGCCGAGUUGAAAAAUGAAAUAGAUCGCUGGCUGACCAUACGCAUGUCAGGGUCAACAGCAAGUAAAUCUCCACACACGACUCCAGGGGAACGUUAUGCUUUAUUAGAUUACAGGAAUGAAUAUGGUAAUCAAGAACCAAAGAACGUAUCAUUGCCUCAGUGGUUUAAUCCAAGGGCUCGCAUGGAUGUGGACACACUGACACCUUGGUCAGCCCCCAUUAUCUGGGAUGGAACCGUCGAGAGAUCAAUUUUAGAGGACCAUUACAAGAGGAAGAAUGUCACAGUUGGCUUGACAGUUUUUGCCAUUGGGAAGUACCUAGACAAAUAUUUGAAGAACUUCUUAACCUCAGCAAACAUCUACUUCAUGCCUGGCCACAAUGUUAUCUUCUAUAUCAUGGUGGACAACAUCUCAGGAGUGCCAUCGAUUGAGCUGGAUCCCCUUCGGAGACUGAAGGUCAUCCCGGUAGAAAAGGAGAGCCGGUGGCAAGACAUCAGCAUGAUGCGCAUGAAAACCAUUGGAGACCUCAUUGAGAGCCGGAUCCGCCAUGAAGUGGAUUUUCUUUUUUGCAUGGAUGUUGACCAAGUCUUUGAGAGCUACUACGGGGUAGAGACGCUGGAUGAGUCAGUGGCCCAACUCCAAGCUUGGUUUUAUAAAGCAAGCAGGAGAGUUUUUACCUAUGAGAGGAACCCUGAGUCAGCUGCAUACAUCCCUUAUGAGGAGGGGGACUUCUAUUAUCACGCAGCGGUGUUUGGUGGCACCCCUCAACGCAUUUACAACCUCACCAGGGAAUGCUAUGAAGGCAUCAGAAAAGACAAAGAACAUAACUUGGAAGCCAUUUGGCAUGACGAAAGCCACUUAAACAAGUACUACCUCCGGAACAGGCCCAGUAAGGUGUUAUCUCCAGAAUACUGCUGGGAUUAUAACAUUGGCUUGUCCUAUGAAGUCAAGAAUAUAAAGUUAUCCUGGCUGCCCAAAGCAUAUGAAGAAGUCAGAAAUAAGUAACGUGUCAACAUUCCUAAAAGCAAAAGGUUUUUGGCUGGUCACUCUGAGUGCAGAGUAUGUUCCUCUGGCAGUCUGAAGAAAAGAGCAAAGGAACAUCUGCCAAAGUAUUUUAAUUCAGUAAACUGGGAAGUUCCCCAUCUUCCUCCCAAAAAUUAUAGGGUUUUUUCCUUAAAAGCUGGCAGGCAAGUUAUGAGUCAAAUAACUUAUUGAGAGAAUCUACUGGCGCUUCAGAUUUGGUCUCAAGUUUUGUGAGAUAUUUUUUGUAGCUUUGGGAAUAUUAGGGCCUGCUCACCGUUGUGCGGUGAUAUCAAAAUGAUCAGUGUUGGGACAUGUCGGUAAAAUUUUCUGCUCAUGACAAAGACAGCAGAAGAGACAGAUGGCAAAACUGAAAGCAAGGGGUGAGGUAUGGGAAGUUCAAAUAAGGCCAAGGAGGUCUUAAGGGAGCCAGAGUGAACAUUGUGAUUUUUUUUCUGGGACAUCAAAGUCAAGCCGACUUCUGGCGA